AUGAUUUGGUUUGGGUUUGUUUCCACCAUUGUUACAGGUAAGUUUUUAAGGUAUGGAGAUAUAGAUUGUGUGGAAAUCAAUAAGCAGCUUUCAUUGGACCAUCCUUUACUUAAGAAUCAUUCAAUACAGGCAAUCAAAAGUUGUAGCAGAAAGAAUGAGUGUCCAAUUGGAAGUGUUCCAAUUAAAAGGCUUCAAAAGGAAGACCUACAAAUGCAGAAAUUCUCGUCAUUAGCUGGAAUCAAAUUCUCUAAAUGUUCCAACUCUAUUUGCACCAAUACUAAUUUUCCUGAGGGACAUCAAAGAGACAGUGGACACAGUACAGGUUGUUUCAACUUGAUAUGUCCAGGAUUUGUACAACUUAGUCCAAAAGUAUAUUUAGGCCUUGUUCUACAGCCUAUAUCAUCUCAUGGAGGACCUAAAUACGAAAAAUUGGUGGCUAUUCUAUGGGACGAAGGCGUAGGAUACUGGCCAAAAGAGCCAUUCACUACGUUAAGUGAUGGAGCAACAAGAGCUCGGUGGGGAGGAGAAAUAUACAGCCCGUCGACUGAGGUGACGCCGCCAAUGAGAAGUGGUCAUUUCCCUGAAGAAGGACCUAAUAAGGCUGCGCUCAUUUAUGGACUUAACUUGUUUGGUUCGGAAAGUCCUAACAAAACUGACCUAAAAGUGGGUGUAAGUAAACCUGAUUGUUACAAAGUAAUAGAUGCUGGUGAUAAAGGUGGUCAAUUUGGACAUUACAUGUUCUUUGGCGGACCACCUAAUUUUUUGUUAGUAGUCACAAAUUUGGUACAAGGAGUCGUAGCUUCUUCAAAUGACUGGAAAAUGGCUGCCAAAAGGAGACUUGACCUACUCAAUAAGCCACCCACCAAGAGCUUCACCGGUGGUAUUUUGGAGUGUCGGCCAUUGAAGUAUUGCAGCGGAAGAAGCUUGGGCAGUAUGAAGAAGAAGAUGAAUAUGGUGAGGAACGUAGAGGACUAUGAUACCAUAACACUAGCAAAGGAAAAACAUGGAAUGGUCAUAUCAUCAUCCUAUCCAGUGUAUCCCGCUCAUAGAAAAACUAUGAACAGGGGAUCAAAUUUUCGGCUAAUUAUUCUGCCAACUCAUCAUUUAACCCAAAUGAUGCCGACUGCAUUUAUGGUAGCGGAAGUGAACAACUUAGGAGUCUCGGGCACUAUUAGUGCAUGGGGCCCUCAAGUUACACCCGUUCACCUAUAUCACAUUUACAACUAUGUUUACGUUGCAAGCGAUGAUGGUUCAGUUACUAAUGGUAUUGUAGCAGGUUGGACGGUUUAUCCUUAUUUAUACAAAGACAACUUAACUCGGCUAUUCACCUACUGGAGCAAAGAUAGUGGGAAGACUACAGGUUGUUACAAUAGUGUGUGUCCAGGAUUCAUACAAGUUAGUCAAAAAAUUCCCCUUGGCGUAGUCAUACAACCCUUAUCAACCUACGGGGGUCAACAAUACUACAUAGGCACUACCAUUACACAGGUCAUUUCAGUUUUUUACUUCUGCAUAUAUUAUAUUAUCACAAAUUCUUAUUCAAAAAGCGCUGAAUGGGGCGAAGAAAUUUAUAGCCCGCCCCAACAAACUACUCCUGCCAUGGGUAGUGGUCACUUUCCUGAAGAAGGAUUUUGUAAAGCAUGUGUAAUUUAUGGACUAAACUUAAUCGGUCUUGAGGAACUCCCAACUGACUCACGUCUCAAACUACUUACAAGCAACUCUAAUUGUUACAAAGUAGUUUAUGGAGGAGAUGUUGGGGGUUACUUCGGCCAUAACAUGUUUUUUGGUGGACCGUCAAAUUGUAAGCUUUAA